CCACCGUUGAGAUCUCCCAGUGAAGUUUGGGCUCGUGUGAUGCAUGUAUAGUUUAGGUCAUAAUACAUUCAGUUUUACCGCUGUGACCUGCGCUUUGUGCGGUUUGUUUUGGAAGAAGAGAACAGUGACAAGUGUUUUCUCUUCUUCAUAGAGAUUAAGCUUGGAAUGAGCUAACUAUUGUGUGAAAAAGAGUUCGAUGUGAAACCCAAGCUUGGCAAACUAUGCCUCUUUGUCCAGGCGAUUUGAAGAAUGUCAUUGUCUCUCCAAAACUAGAAUUGUCUCAAAGUUGUGUGGAAAUAGCAGUCAACUUCAGACACGAUCCAAAAUUAUGAAUGAACAAGGUGGAAUGAAUCCCUCGGCAAUUGAAAACACCCCUGCCAGCUCUCAAGAAGGAAGUGGGAGCGAAAAUUAUGCCUUCAACGACGUAUGGCAAGAGUUCGAAAGCUUCCUUUUAAAUGACAACGCCCCUAGCAAUGGGGUCCAGUUGGACCCAUCUUCUGCCGAUACCAGCAAUGUCAUUGCCACUCAUUCCAACGGAACCGCCAUGGAGCUCUGUUCGAAUGCUCUGACGGGUUCAGCAUUGGGGGACAACCAAGCAGAUGGAAAUGGUCCAUUGGCUCCCCAAGCGCUCAAUGUAAAGGCCAUUCAUGACACUAAUCAUGACUUGGACCAACAUAUGAAAGAUAUGGUCGACAUGAAGGUGGCCGAUUGGCGAUCGACCUCAUCGGAUUUAGGUCCAGAUUUCGAGGAUCGAUCUUUUUCAACCGGAGGAAGGGGUUUUGAUGGCUCAAACGCUCUGACAAACUUUGGAUACUCUAGUCCAGAACCCCGCGAGGAUACGCCCCAAUCGUCGCCCGCCUUGACAUGUACCCAUUCUCCCGGGGGCGAUUCUGUGGUAGACUCUUUAAAUGGGUUUUCGGGGUUGACCAUUCCCAAAGUGGAAUCUCCCAACGUUCUUUCACCUCAAACUCAGCAUUCAACCAUGUCACCAUCAUCUGCGCCCGUUUCCUCGUCCAAUUGUCAAGCCACUGCCGAGAUGAGCUUCUUACGGCAGGCUUUGAUGGCCACAACCAAGUGUUUGACCAAGGUUAGAACCUCCAUGGUCACCACAACAAUCUCCAAUCUUUCAACUAGUCCCUCUUCCCUUAAGAACGAUCAAUUUGGUCUAGUCAGUCAUGACCAUCAAACCAUGGAAAUUAUUAAGAAACCCAACUCGCAAAAUCCCAACCAACAUCUCUUGCAUAAUAUCACGGACGAGCCGUUCGCCAACAUAGCUGCCCCUACUGAUGAUGAUUAUCUCGAUAUCGACAUGUUGGUGAAUAGUGCCGUGGAAAAACAUCAAGAAGAGAGUCGCCCUCAGCAGCAGCAGCAGCAGCAGGAGCAGCAGCAACACCAUCAACAACAAUCACAUAGUCAUCGUCAGCAUGAUGAUCCCAGUUCCAGCCAGGCAGUACCUCCAUUGCAACAACCUCCCUCGUAUGAAGACGCCAUGGUCCAUUCCAUUUUGUCUGGAUCCAAAGAAUCUUUCUCCGAAAAACGAGAAGAGGAACACACGGCUUCGCCAUUUGCUCAAAGUUCUUGUCCAGAGGCAUUUCCCAGAGGUCUACUGAGUUUCUCCUUGCCCACAGAACCAUUAACUCGAUCUCAGAUUGCCAAUGCUAGUGGAAAUACAACCAUAUCGGGUGGUCCCAAUUCAGUAGCGAUUGUGCCUCAAAGCACGGUGAUUCAACUACCAUCAAGUAAUAUUAAAGUGGAAAUGGAGGUUCUUGAUCAUCUAUUUCAGAAGGCGACACCAGAGAAGCCACACAAACUUAACAACAACAACAAUAACAAUGAGAAUACUGAUGGUAGUAACAAUGAUAAUAGUAAUAAUAAUCACAACAACAACAACAACAACAACAACAGCAAUCAUGCUAACAAAAAUCAUAUCAACAAUAACAAUUGUGACUUUUUCACUGGCUCUCUGAAGAGUAAGAAAGUGACCAAGAAGCAACGUCCAACCUUUGAAGCUCCACUCUCUGGUGAUUCAAAUUUCUCCCCUAGUUCAGGGUCGGUACCCUCACCGUCCACCACUGCCUCCGCCAAGUCACCCCGCAACCGAAAUGUCAGUGGCCGAGUCGCCCGAAGUCGCAAUCACCGGAACUCCUCGGAGAAACAGGCCUCGACUGUGGCCAAGAAAUCGCGGCAGAUUCUUCCAAAAUCCCCAAAUCAUACCUUAAUCGAUGGUUCAACUACAAACAGGCCAGCAGUGGCCACGAACCCUCCAACCCCUCAGUUCACCUUGCAGUCUGUUUCCAUGUCCAUCAAUGGCCAAACCAGUACCAUCAUGACUUUAGUGCCAAGUACUAGUCAAAUUAGUAACCAAAUGACUCCACCAUCUAGUCCCGAAGAAAAAGAACAAGCUGCCAAGAACAAGGCGGCUGCGGCAGUGGCUUUGGCCGCCGCCGCGGCCACUUCCUCGUCGACAGCGGGGGGAUCCACGAUGCCACUGCCAACGACCAAGCCACCUGAGUUCCAAGUGCCUUCAGCCGUAUUCGCUUCGCUUAGCCCUUUGCCGCAAAACUCAGUCCUGCCCUCCGCCUCCAGCGUACCUGCCAUGCCCCCUCUUCAGCUCAUGUCGCCACCUUCAUCCCCGAACAACAACGCAAUCGUCCCCUCGGACCUCCUCUUCAAGACCGUGACCACUCAAGCGGGCUUGUCCCACAACUGCCUCACCACGGCCAGUAGCAACCGCACCAUUUUGACCGCUUCCUCGACUCUCGGAGGCCAUCCUGCAUUAGUGGCCGGCAUUCUAGCCGCUGAGCAGGAAGUGCUGGAGCGGAAGGCCAAUAUGAAACGAAAGAUGCCCACCCACACGUGUGACUAUCCCGGCUGUGGCAAAAGUUACACGAAAUCCAGUCACUUGAAAGCUCACCUACGGACUCACACGGGGGAAAAGCCUUACGUGUGCACGUGGAAGGAUUGUGGGUGGAAGUUUGCCCGCUCGGAUGAGCUGACCCGACACAUGCGCAAGCACACUGGAGACCGACCAUUUCAGUGCCGCAUGUGCGAACGCGCUUUCUCUCGAUCAGAUCAUUUGGCACUUCAUCUAAAGAGGCAUGACAAUAGCAUCUUGUAGCCGUCUUGUGGCCGUCUUGUGGCCGCACUGCUUCUAAAGAAGAGGGCAUGGUGUCACAUCGAUCACAUCAAUUGAGCACCCAGUCAAGGACACAUCUGCUACUAUGAGUGAAGUGCUAGACCAUGGAGGAAUUAGCAUCAAUCCCAGCAGAGCAGCAUAGAUGAAUUCCACUUUUAACCUUAAUGAUACUUUUUAUACUGCUCAUCAAUCGAUUGGUAAACGUGUAGUCGCCCAAUCGGUUGUUUCAAUUUCUUAUACCUUAUACCUGCAUCAACGACGAGUGAACAAAAAACGAUAUUCAGUGAUCCAAAUUUAAUUGAACGACUUCUACUAUAGGCUGUGCCAAUACCUACUUUAUCAUGAUCAAUUUUAUCGUCACAUCACAGUUUUUAUCUUUAUUAUUAUCGUGUUAAACCAUGUCACAAAAUAUAUAAGUCAUUAAAGCUGA